GGCAGUUCGAGUGGUGAGCCUCAGUCGUGAGCUUUUCAGACUCGAGUUUAAAGGUGUUUUGUGAUCUCUCAACCUCGUUCCCAAUUUCAACAAUUAAAUAAACCCAGGAUCAUGUGUGGAAGAGUGGCAAUUGCUGUUAUCGCAUUUGGCGCUCUCCUGGCCAUUGUUCAGUGCCUAAGAAUUCAUGUGGAUGAACCACACUAUUAUGGUGAUAUCUACCAUGAGCGUUCAGUCUACCAUCAGAAUGGCCUCCAACCCAAGAAAAAGGAGAAGGACGAGCAGGACUUCAGCAAGAUCCCCGGAGUUCCUGGAGUAGACUACCCCAUCUACCAUGCAGUUCCAGACACAAGUUUCCACUGUGGCCAUGUACCAAUCAUCCCUGGAAUGUACGCCAAUCCCGAGACUGGCUGCCAAGCCUAUCACGUCUGCCACGACGGACGGGAAGGCCACCAGGGAGCCUCAUUCCUCUGCACUAACGGAACGCUUUUCAAUCAGAAACUCUUCGGCUGCGAUUGGUGGUACAAUGUUGAUUGUCACCAGGCUCAAAAUCUCUGGAGAUUGAAUGCCGAUCCUGAGCUCAAUCCGUUUACGCCAAAAAAGAAACUGGAGGAAGUGCCAAAAUACCAGCAUCACUUUUAAUUUCACAAAAUAACUUUUCCUCUCACUCCGCAAAUGAGAUUUUCUUGCCACAUUCGCGUCCCAUUCAUUUUUUUUUCUUAACUUAAAAUGCACGAAAGAAAGAUGGAGAGAAGAAAAAAAAUAGCCACAACGUCCAUUCACAACUUCUUGUUCAUUCUUGGUAAUUUAAUGAUGAAAAACAAAUAUUAAGUUAAUUUUAGUGAAAUAUGAGAAAAAAUGAGAGUGUAAUAUAUUUAAGAGUAAUUUUUUUUGGCAUAUUAAACAUAUGAAUGAAGAGAAA